CUGUUUGUUUGGUGUGUUUAAAUAUGCGCCAUGACCUCUGGUUGUGUUUCUUUCCACAGCUAAUAACAACAGACGGAAAGAGAGUGUAGAGAGACGCAGCAUCCUUUGACCUGAAUCCUGAACUACAUCAAAGAACUCAUGGGGCUCGGGGAGGCUUCAGCGCGGGGGACGAGCAUGGAAGGAGACUGCCUCAGCUGCAUCAAGUACCUCAUGUUUGUCUUCAACUUCCUUAUUUUUCUGGGCGGCUCCUUCCUCCUCGGUGUUGGGGUGUGGGUAGUGGUGGACCCCACAGGUUUUAGGGAGAUAGUGGCAGCCAACCCCCUUCUCUUCACAGGCGUCUACAUCAUCCUGGCCAUGGGGGGCAUGCUUUUCCUGCUGGGGUUCCUGGGCUGCUGCGGAGCCAUACGAGAAAACAAGUGUCUGCUGCUUUUUUUCUUCAUGCUGAUCCUCAUUAUAUUCCUGGCAGAGUUGGCGGCAGCCAUUCUCGCCUUCGUCUUCCGGGAACAUCUGACCAGAGAAUACUUUACUAAGGAACUGAAGAGGCACUACCAAGGCUACAACAACACCGAUGUCUUCACAUCAACGUGGAACGCCAUUAUGAACACAUUUGACUGCUGUGGAGUGAACAGUCCCGAAGACUUCGAGGACAGCAUCUUUAGGUUCAUAAACCCCGGUGAAGUGGUGCCCGAGGCCUGCUGCCGUAGGAAUAAUCAUCUCGGAGAAGUCGGCUUCAGCAACAGGGAUGAAUGCCUGUUAGGCAGCAUGCUGUACCGGAACAACAAGGGCUGCUAUUCAGCGGUUGUAGACUACUUUGAGAUGUACAUCUAUGUUGCUGGUGCCCUGGCUAUCGUUGUACUCACGAUUGAGCUUUUUGCCAUGGUGUUUGCCAUGUGUCUGUUCAGGGGAAUCCAAUAGAUCAAGUUCACCGAAAGACUUUUUCGAAAAAGGAAAACACCUCAAAAGAAAACUGAACCACUUUUCAAAGAAUGUUUUACUCCAUUUUAUAUCUCUAAAACGAUUAAGGAACAACAACAAAAAAAGAAAAAAGAAAAAAAAAGAAUCAUUGACCUGUACUUCACAGCUGGACCUUUGAGGUACAAGGUAACAAAAAUAAAACAUUGACGAAAAAAAAGAACAUUCUUUGAAUACUAAGAAGAUUUAAUGGGCUUUUUGUCAGAAAGUCCAUGCGUAAUUUCGACCAGGUGUUAAAUAGACCAGAUAAAGCCUGAAAAACAGAUGAAGAAGGUGCUGCACUGAUUUUGGAUGAAGAAUAUUUAUACUGAGUAAUGCUGGCUUGUUUGUAUAGGCUUUUGUGCUUUUAGUAAAAAAGAAAAAAAACAACAACACACCAAACCACUUUCCUCUCACCAAUACAUUACCACAGUCAUUGAAUGCAAGCUUUCACAAGCACAUUAUAUUAGUGUUGUAUAGUCAUGUGAAUUUCCAUUUUUAUCUGUUCCUGUGUGUGUGUGUGUGUGUGUGUGUGUGUGUGUGUGUGUGUGUGUGUGUGCGUGUGCGUGUGUGUGUGUGUAGGAUGAAUGUACCUCUUUCCUGCUUGAAGACCAGCAUUAUUUUUUUUUUCGUAUUGUGAUGUUUAUUGCAAUAGUAAUUCUAUGUGAUUUUAGCUGAAAUUGAUGUGUAUGCAUUUGUAUUGAAGAUAAGACUAACAUUAAAGGAAUCUCUGAUGAA